CUCUCUCUCUCUCUCUCUCUCUCUCUCUCUCUCUCUUUCAUCUGCCGUCUCUUCCUCGUCGAAUGUACCAAAUUGGAGCUCAGAUUGUUUAGCUCUGACCAAAACAAAUUCUCACCACGGAUGGUCCCUCCCUUCACUUCAAUUUGAUUCAAAGUUUUGUUGCAUGUCGGUGUGAAUUCGAUUUAGAGAUUUGAUGGAGGAAAAUUGAAAAAAUUGGGGGCGAUGGAGAAGGAGUUGUCGAAGGUGUCGAAAGCGGCGGACGCUAUGAAAUUGUGUGACCAAGGCGCCGAGUAUGAUAUCGCUUCUGCUGCUGGCUUGGAUUCUAGGGGCUGCUUCGAAGUUGGAUUUCAUAUCAGUUACUGGGUUUGGUUAGGGUACUCCUGUGACUAUCUUGUGGAUUUUUUUGUUACAGAAGUCAGUAAGCUGGCACGAGUUCAAUGUAUGGACAGCUCAAGAAUUCUUGAAACUCUUAAGUGCGUCAUUAUAUAUAAGUUCAGGGGAAAAAACACUUACACUCAAGAAGAGAUUGAUGUAGUUUGAGUAGAGAGCGCAGAGCAGGUUGAUGGAUAUAUCCAAGAUGAAGUAAAAUAGUUAGCAUGUUUGCAGAUUUCUUAUUUAUUGGAAUUAUGAAGUUAUAUAUUUGUGAAGCCUACUCUAUAGGAAAGUGUAGCAGCAACAUUGAAUUAAAUUGGUCAAAAUUGUAGCAAUAGUACAUUUUGGAUCUUUAUUCUCCUUCCAUGAGAUGAACUUGUGGUAUUGUAGAUUACUUGUCUUGG